AUGUCAAGAAUACUUUUGUUUGCUCUUGUGCUUUUACUUCUCAUACUGUGCUGUAAAGAUAUCUCCUUCAUUCAUGCUGAAGAGAAGGACACGUCCUCUCAUGCUCUUCUCAAAAUGACCUCCAACUCUGCCAGUUCUACUAUCAUGAAUCUGUUUUCAAAUUCUGUAAAGAAAAGAAAUACCGAACAAUGCUCAUGUGCUUCGUGUUUAUGUGACGGUGAAACAUGUCCUUAUUCCAUUGGUGCUGGAUCGAGCCAUGUACGUGUUAACACAUGUGGUUCAGAUGAAUACCUUGGUAGUCUUUCUGUGAAUGUUGCUUCCACUGAUUCUUCUUCUUAUUCCAUCUAUACCAUGACUCGAAGCGAAUACACCAAAUAUCAGCAAGGUGGUACUUUCUACUAUUAUUCAUCCUUGUCAGCUGAGAGUGCAACAUGUGUUUACUUGCAAUCAUCACUCACUGACACUUCCGUAAAUGAAUUGGUAACAGUCAUGAAAUGUAAGAAUUUAGUGUAUUCGUGUCCCACAAGAUUUUACAUUUCAGGAACUUGCAAAAAGUUGCAAAGUACCACAGUGAGUUACAUCAAGAUGGAAUACAACAGUGACAGUAUCAACAGUGGAUCUCAAAUUUCUGGAACGGUCAAAGCCUAUGACAGUGCUGGUAAUGUUGCUCCCAUUUCCAAUAAUUAUAUAACCUUUACUUCUGAGAGCUCUGGAUCCACACUUCAGGGAACCACUUCAGUUUCACUCAACAAUGGUGUUGCGAACUUUGCAUUCACUGUUACAAAUUCCAUUAGCUCAGAUGUCUUGUUAAAAGCAAGUAAAUGGAACACUCAACCUGGUUGCAAUCCAUCUACUUGUUGCUGUCUGGAUGGACAAGUUACUGUCACUCGUUCAGGUUUGAAUUUAGUGCAAUUGACUUCCAAUGUGAAGGGAUCAUGUGGAACUACAACUUCGGUCACCAUCUACAUUGGAAGUAUUGAUUCCUAUGAUACUGUGAGUGCUGUAGGAGGAGGAAAUCCAUACACUCUAAAGAAGAGUGGAACAACCAUUCAAAUGACGAAUCAUGUCAAUAACGCAUGUAGUGGAAGUGCUGUAUGUACAGAUGCUUGUCCACGUUCUAAAGAUUCAACAAAAACCAAUCAUGCUUCCAAAUUGUCGAAUGUACAGUCGUUGGUUGUUGUUGUUGUUGGCAUGAUCUCAUUGUUAUUCAUCUUGGUUCUUUAA